CACUAUGAUUUGCAUGACUAUGGGUUAUUUUUGUAAAGUGUGUGAAGGCUCCACUUUACCAGUAUAGAACGUAUGUGCUGGAAUACUGAAGAACCUAUUUAGGAAAAAUGGCUGAAAAUACUUCUACGGUUGGCUUUCUUAAGAUGAGUUCCCAAGCUUUUGCUUCUGUGAACAUGGCUGUGGCUUCAUUAUCCAUCUUCAUCAACUUAUUUUUUGUUUUCUGUAUGGUUUUUCCAUCCCAGAGGUCGGAGCACCUGAAACAACCUCUGAACAUCUUGCUUGGUUUGCUGAUUGGGUCCAGCAUUGCUUCUCACGUCUGCAUACUUAUUUUUGUUCACAGUGGCGACGUUUUAUUCACUGCAGAAUCACCAAAGUUCUUGAUCAAUCACAUUGUAGAGGAAACUAUGCUGUUUAUCAUGAGAACCAGCGUGACCUCCCACCUGUGGCUGAACGUGUUCUACUAUUGCCAGAUUGUUCCAGCUCAGCGUUCAUUCCUUAUCUGGUUGAAGGACAAUAUCAGAGUCUUUGUAUACUUUGCUCUGAUCAUGGACAGACUCUUCUUUUUGUCUAGCUUCAUCUCUAGCAUUUUAUAUUAUUCUGAAAUCCAAAUUAUUUCUAACAGUACUACUUAUACUAAUACCAGUCUCAUGGACACAGAACAGAAUGCCACAGCUGCAAUUUUACGUGAACUGUCUGAGACAUGCAUCAUACAGUAUUGGUUAAGAUUUGCCUAUUUCUUUAUCAGUCUUUGCGUGAUGUUGGCAGCAAGCUGUGCAACUGUUCUAUACCUGCGGAGACACAUGAAGAGAAUGGAGGAGAGCAGCAAAUCCUUCUCCUCUCCUCGUCUUCAGAAACAGAUGAGGGUGACCAUCACAGGCAUCGUACAGCUCAUCCUUCAAAUGAUCUGUAUUUCCUGGAUAAUAUCUGAUGGACCACUUCGAUUGAAGUUACCAAGUCAUUUUGAUCCAGAUCGCCACAUAUAUAGCACUGUUAUCUCUCUGUACACCUUGUGUUCCACCUUGAACCUGUGUGUUGGUCAGUCCAUAUUCAGACAGCGAGUGAUUAAUAUGUGGCAAAACCUUGUGCAAUUUUUUUGUGCAAAUUCUGAAUGACUAAACUAGUAAUACUACAUCUUCUUUCAUUCAGUAGUUUAUGAAAUGGGUUAUGGGGGCACCCUGUCUUGCACAUUUUAGUGAUUUCCCUGCUCCAAACACCCCUGAUUAAACUAAUCAGCUCAAUAACAAGCAAUUUCAAGGUUGAAGGGGCUAUUUUAAAAGUUGGUUAUGACUAAAAUGAGCAGGGGAAUUGUGAGCGGGGAAAUGGUGCUAGGUUAAGAAACAUCCUUAUCCCAAGCUCUGUAUGUUUGUUGUUAUUUACCUGAAAAAAAAACUUUUAUGAAAUUAGAACAGUGGAUCUAAUGGCAGAGUAAAAUACUGCUAUAUAGCAUUCUGGGUUUAAACACAACACAAAAUGAACCACUGUCUACCCACAACCUUUAUAUAUAAACUGUUUUUUAAAAAACAAUACUGUGUUAAGUAUUGUUCCAGAUGUACAAUGUGCACAAUGUAUAAUGUUUAAAGCGGGGCUCCCAGGACUGGUACUGGAAUCCCUUCCUAUUGACAUUUAAGCAAAUCCCAAUUAUUUCUCUCUGGCCACACACAAGUCAUUUUGAAAGGAAAAUUUAGAGUAACAAUUUGUCUGGUUACUGUACUUAAAUGUAGCUAGAGAUGACCCCAUUGACAUUUUUAUGUGCUACUUUGUCUAAAUGUAAAUGAACACAGCACAAUAUUUAAAUCAGGUUAUUAGGAGAAAAGUGUGCCUGUAAGGAAGUCUAAAAUGACAGAUGUUUCUCUCUAUUUACUCAAAAACAUUGAAUGACCAUUAAAAUAUAAAUAAAGUGCUUAAGUUUAACUGAAAAGCAUAUCCAGAUUAAAUAUAUUAUCUACAUAAAUCUUUUGCAUCAAGCAGUAUAAGAAACAAGCUAUGUUUGGACUUUUAGCAUCUUACAAACCUGGAAGACAAUAAAAGUGUCAAUAAACUGUGUGACUUUCUAUAUUUGGGGAGACACAUGACUAACAGACACAGACAUAACUGUCACAGGCAACAUCUCUUUUUAUUACUACAGUCUUUUUUGUUUUUGAUAUGUAUUACAUUGCAGUCCUUUUACUUGAAGUGUGUUUGUAUGCUGGGUGUGUUCAGUAUGUUAUUUUAUUUAAUUUCAUGCUGUGAAUGAGAAGUUUUAUUAUGAUCUAUAAAACAAAUAUUUAAAAUACUGUCUUGACAACUCCAUCUAGUGGUUACAAAUGGUUCAAACAUUGUAAUGGUAACUUUUUAAUGCUUUGAAAGGCUUUCACAUGAACCACGUAUUUUACUUUACAUCUACAAUCUGCAAUGCCACAUGUCUAUAGUGUAAAUUAUUAUGUACAUUGUUUAAGUUACUUGAAUAUUUUCUAUUUUAUUGUACUUAUUCUAUGUUGUAAAUAUUGUUACCUGCAUAUAAGUGGGAACUUGCACCCAAUUUUUUUCACUUACCUGUACUUUUGUGAUGUGACAAUAAAUCUGAUUUAAUUAGUGGGUAUUUUGUAUUUGUGUUUCCGUGUUUGUCAUCUCUCACUAUGUGCUCUUUAGCACAUGGCUCUGUUUUGUUUUAUAUCUUGUCUCCACCCUUGUCCCACCUGGUCAUAAGUGUUCCCACAA